AAACUCUCUCUUCUCUCUCACUGUUACUAGAGACUCUCUCGGUCUCACUCGAGUCUCGUCUCCUUCACACUCGCCGGCGUCUCGUCGUUUGUCUCGUUUUGUCGCCGGCAUUUUAACGUCUCGUGGCCUUUCCUGGGCUCCUCGUCGCCGGCGACAGAGGCGUUGCUCGUCGUCUUCUGGUUUCGGGUCCUCGCCGUCGCCGAGUCGCCGUGGACCGUCGUGGAGUCGUCGCGUGCUUCGUCCCUCGUUGUCUUCUGGUUUCGAGUCCUCGCCGUCGCCGAGUCGCCGUGGACCAUUAAUCUUCUGGGCAUUUUCAAUAUACUUGGAGGCAGUUGCAAUACUGCCCCAGUUGGUUUUGUUGCAACGAAGUGGAAAUGUGGACAAUUUGACAGGAAGGAAAGCUCUUGCAGACUAUGCGAACUGCGAAGCUCAGACAGACAAGGUCAUCAUCGCAGUCGCCAUUCAUCGCAACGGAUCGGCGAGGCUGCUCUAAUGUCAUCUGAAACAGAUACAGAUUUUCAAAAGGCCACAAGAAGAACCAAAUCACGACUGCAGAGCAAGUAGAAGCACAGAACACCCUGGGAGGAAUUGAAUUGAAUCGAAUCAAGGGAAAUGAGGAUAGUUGGAUUGUCCGGCGGAAUCGCGUCUGGGAAGAGCACCGUUUCCAAUCUCUUCAAGUCCCAUGGGGUUCCUGUUGUUGACGCUGACGUCAUCACUCGUGUUCGUUAUUUAUUCUAAAUCUUUUUCUUGUGAUGAUGCUUUGAAGAAAUGGAAAAAAGUUGUUGCAACUUUUGGGGAGGAAAUCCUUCUUGAAAAUGGAGAAGUCAAUAGACCCAUGCUUGGCCAGAUUGUUUUUUCCGAUCCUGAUAAGCGCCAAUUUCUCGAUCGAUUAUUGGCUCCCCAUAUAUCCUCUGGAAUUUUUUGGGAAGUUGUGAAGCUGUGGCUGAAGGGAUACAAGGUUAUUGUUCUUGAUGUCCCCUUGUUGUUUGAGGCCAAGAUCGACAAGUUCACAAAGCCAAUUAUAGUUGUGUGGAUUGAUCCUGAAACACAGAAAAAGAGACUCAUGGGGAGAGACAAAUCAAAUGAGGAGGAUGCUGGGAACAGGAUCAAUGCUCAAAUGCCACUUGAUGUGAAGAGGAAUAAAGCGGAUAUAGUGAUAGAUAACAGUGGAUCACUUGAUGACUUGAAGGAACAGUUUCAGAAGUUUCAGAAGGUUCUAAUUGAAGUGUCAAAACCCUUGACAGGGACUCGGUUCCAGGAAUGGAGCCUUGGUCAUGCUUCACUCAUUUCAGGUCUUGUUUUGUGUAUAAAAGCACUUUCAUAGUCACUUAUGUUCUUUAGAAGAUUAAAUUUGAAUUUGUAAUUUAGCAUUUUAAAAGAUGAAUUUAGCUGUCAA